AUGCAAAAGAUAUUACGAGCUGAUGAAAUUACAAAAAUACAAGUCCUUGGAAAAGGCAAGAGGAAGAGAAUAGAAAUGAUAUUCUCAGAAAGUGAGGACAGUGACCUGGAUAAAAAACAGAGAGAACAAUAUUCAGGAAGCAACUUUCUGUACAGUGAAAGUAGCAGUGAUGAUGAAGAGCCUUUAUUUCAACUAUCCAAGGUAGAGCUGUGUGCCAAAAUAAAAAGCCUCAAGAGGAAGCUGACAGACACCAUGAGAGAAAACUGCCGCCUAAGACAGUCCCUGGUGAUGCUUCAAGUGUUGCCACAGGCAGUCACCCAUUUUGAGGAACUGGUAGGGAUGGCUGAAGCGCUGCUCAGAGGAGGAGUGGCAUCAUCUACAUCCAGUCUGCAUUCACAUGCUGUUUGGAAAGCAUCUAACAAUUCGUUAGCAGAUACAUAUGCAGCUAUGCAUAGUAACUCCAACUCACCAAUAACUUUGAAUGUGGAAGAUGAGGAUCAACAAACCGAAAAACAGUUCAAGAUCGAAAAGUGGCAGAUUGCACUUUGUAACAAGAGCAAACCUCAGAAGUUUAUAAAUGACUUGAUGCAAGCACUUUAUACACAUGAAUACAUGGCUACACACAGCCUGACAGGUGCAAAGUCCUCCUCUUCAAAGGAUAAAGUGGCGAAACCAGCUAUGAAUCAGAAUGAAGUUCAGGAAAUCAUAGGAAUCACAAAACAGUUGUUUCCAAACACGGAUGAUGCUUUAAUUAGGCGAAUGAUGGGACAAAAACUGAACAAUUGCACCAAGAAGCCAAUUUUAAGCAAAGAUCUUAACUCAGGUGCUUUUCAGAAGCAUAGCUUUUG